AUGCAGUUAAUGGAAAAGGGGGGAUUUCAAUUAAGGAAAUGGGCAUCAAAUUCGAUCGAACUUCUCAAGGAUUUGUCUGUUGACCAAUCGGAAGUAACCGAUCAUCUAAUCCUGACGGAAGAUUCACUUAAAGUUCUCGGCCUGUCAUGGAUGCCUAACGAAGACGUGUUUCGCUUGGUCGUGAACUCGACCACCCCCAGCGUUCCUACCAAACGCUCAAUUCUUUCAUUUAUCGCGAGGCUUUACGACCCUCUCGGAUGGGCCGCUCCCGUCGUGAUCGUGGCAAAAAUAAUACUUCAAGAGCUGUGGUUGUUACAUUGCGAAUGGGACUCUCUCAUCUCCGAUGAGUUAACGUCCCGUUGGAAUUAUUUUGUAUCAGAAUUUCACAAAUUAGAAAUGAUCAAAAUUCCACGGUGGACUGGUCAAGGUCCACAAACUCUCGCGCUAGAGAUACACGGUUUCGCUGACGCGUCAAAUCGAGCUUAUGCCGCCGUCGUAUAUCUUCGCGUCUAUCAUUCGCUUUCAGACUUCGCAAUAAAUUUAAUCGCAGCAAAAACAAAGGUCGCGCCCGUGAAAACCGUGAGCAUCCCGCGUCUAGAGUUAAACGCGGUAGUGUUAUUGAGUCGCCUCGUAAAGUGGACUGUUAAUUCGUUGCAGUUAGUUGGAACUCCGAUCCAUUGUUGGACGGAUUCCACGAUAGCUCUGGCGUGGUUGCGCCAGCACCCAUCAAAGUGGAACACAUACGUGGCCAACCGCGUGGCUGAAAUACAGAACAAUUUGCCAUCUACUCGGUGGAGUCACGUACCAUCGGCAGAGAACCCGGCGGAUUGUGCGUCGCGCGGGCUAUCCGCGUCUGAGUUAGUGUCGCAUUCGCUAUGGUGGACGGGACCACCAUGGUUUCGGCAACCUUCAACGGCUUGGCCGAUUCAUGAUAUGACGAAUACUAGACCCACUAAUGAACUACAGCAAGUUUCAGCUGAACUGCGAAAAACCAAAGUUCUUCACAUUGAAGGUGAAGAAGAGUGGGAUCUACUUUACAAUUUUCAAGUUGGACGAAGCUCGUCCGAGUGA